UUGUCUUUCCGGGGUCGGGAUGGAGGCGCUGCGGAGGUUGCGACGGUUCGAUGCUUAUCCCAAAACCCUGGAGGAUUUCCGAGUGAAAACCUGUGGAGGGGCCCUGGUGACGUUGGUCAGCAGUCUUAUCAUGUUGCUUCUGUUUUUCUCUGAACUCCAGUAUUAUCUCACAAAGGAGAUUCAUCCAGAGCUCUACGUCGAUACAUCGCGAGGUGAAAAGCUAAAAAUCAAUAUUGACACCAUUUUCCCACACAUGCCCUGCGCUUAUCUAAGCAUCGAUGCGAUGGAUGUGGCUGGGGAGCAGCAGCUCGAUGUGGAGCACAAUCUGUUCAAAAAGAGACUGGACCUGGUUGGCAAUGUAGUCAGUCCAGAGGUGGAGAAGCACGAGUUGGGAAAACAGGAGGAGGUGUUCAAUUCCACAAAGCUGGACCCAGACCGAUGUGAGAGCUGUUAUGGGGCAGAAUCUGAGGACAUGAAAUGCUGCAACACGUGUGCUGAUGUACGUGAGGCCUACAGACGGAAAGGCUGGGCAUUUAAGAAUGUAGACACCAUUGAGCAAUGCAUGAGGGAAGGAUUCACUCAGAAGCUGCAGGAACAGAAGAAUGAGGGCUGCCAGGUGUAUGGAUUCCUGGAGGUCAAUAAAGUGGCGGGGAAUUUCCAUUUUGCUCCUGGAAAAAGUUUUCAGCAGUCACAUGUCCAUGUCCAUGCUGUUGAGAUUCAUGACCUGCAAACUUUUGGAUUGGACAAUAUAAACAUGACUCAUUAUAUCAGACACCUCUCCUUUGGGAGCGACUAUCCAGGAAUCGUGAAUCCUCUGGAUGGAAGUAAUAUCACAGCACAACAAGCCUCAAUGAUGUUCCAGUACUUUGUGAAAAUUGUCCCAACAAUUUAUGUCAAGUUGGAUGGUGAGGUAGUGAGGACAAAUCAGUUUUCAGUCACACGGCAUGAGAAGGUUGCAAAUGGUCUAAUUGGAGACCAGGGGCUCCCGGGUGUCUUUGUGCUUUAUGAGCUAUCUCCAAUGAUGGUCAAAUUCACAGAGAAACACAGAUCAUUCACACACUUUCUCACUGGAGUCUGUGCCAUUAUUGGAGGAGUAUUUACAGUGGCAAGCCUGAUUGAUUCGCUGAUCUAUCACUCUGCCCGCGCUAUACAGAAGAAGAUUGAGCUGGGAAAAGCUGCAUAGCACAAGGGGCUAGUAGCAAGUAAUUGAUGAGCCGAGUGCACACGCUGACUCUGGAUAUCUCUGUUUAAGAAGGAUCACUCAUGCAAAGCGUUGGAUUACCUGGGCCAGGUUUCCUUGAGGCCAUUACAGUUAGUUUGUUUACACUGAAAUAAUGCCUGACAUACACCUGAUUCUGAAGCUGGAUGUUUGUAAGGGAACUUAAUUUAUAAAAUGUGGUGAGCAGGUUUUUUAUGUGUUUGUGAUCUUGAUCUCUAAAGGUGAAUCCUCAUAAUCUUCCUCCCUAAAUCCUCUUGCUUGCUGACUCACCCCUACCAACACUUCACCUACCUUAACCUUCAUCUAAAACCAAUCUGAUUCCUUAUUUACAAGAAGCAUUGAUUUAGUUUGGGUAGCUCUGCCAUCUCUGUAACAGGAGCUUCCCUGCUCAGAUACAGCUGCUUAAGGGCUCAUUAACCUCAGGUGCAAUCUGCUCCUGUGCUGGUGACUGCAGAGACAGAAACAGACCCAGUGUCCCAUCUCAGGGACCCCCUGCUGCCCAUUCACUCCUGCUCCCCUUCCAACCAGGGUCAGCCCUUGACUGGUACCAUUUUGCUCGUUUUAGUGUCUGUCGUGGGAGUGCCUGAUGGGGAACAGUGUAGAGGGAGCUUUACUCUGUAACUAACCCAUACAGUCCCUGUCCCUGGGAGUGUUUAAUGGGGGAGAGUGUAGGGGCUGCUUUACUCUGUAACUAACCCAUACAGUCCCUGUCCGUGGGAGUGUUUACUGGGGGAGAGUGUAGCGGGCUGCUUUACUCUAUAUCUAACAUCAUACAGUCCCUAUCCCUGGGAGUGUUUAAUGGGGGAGAGCGUAGGGGCUGCUUUACUCUAUAUCUAACACCAUACAGUCCCUGUCCCUGGGAGUGUUUAAUGGGGGAGAGCGUAGGGGCUGCUUUACUCUAUAUCUAACACCGUGCUGUCCCUGUCCCUGUCCUGGAGGUGUUUGAUUGGAAUGUUGGUCAGUUAAACAGCACUGUCUGAUGCCAGUCCCUGAAGUUGAGCUAAAAGAGUGAUUUUAAAUAAAAGCUCCAUUAUUUCCAGGGCUGAAAAUUCAAAUUGUUAAAAUUUGGCAUUAUUAAUGGUGGUAUUUUUGUUUAAUGAAACAUCUGUAUUGAAACCUUUGCUGUUGAACAUUCAUGAAUUAAAGUGAAUAGGUUUGUCUCGGUGUUUACCCAGAGAGUAGACACAAUGGCUCUCUCAGGCUCAGGCAGUUGUUCUGUUUCAAGAGCGAAAUCCUAAAUAUUUUGUAAGUUUGAGCCUGAUUGGAAGGGAUUUGGGUUCUCUGGAUGGUGGUCUUGAAGUCAUCAUUAAUCUAAGACUAUUAGGUGUGGGAGGACACUGAGUGAUGCAAUGUGGAUAACGUGAGAAUGAGAUGGUGAGAGUGGAUAAUGGAAUUGGUUUUACUCUGGGUUUGAGAUUUAGAUUUCUGGGCUUAGACUUCACAUUUUGAGUCUCUCUGCUAACAUUUUGCCUUUGUGAGUCUGUGGCCCAAGGUACUCCUUGUAGAAGAACAGAUUCUAAGGGGAGUUCAUGGAGGAGGUUGUGAUUUUGGAAAAGCAUGCAGGGGUCAGCACAAGAUGCUGACAGUGUGGGGUGGAAGGACCAGGAGCUAGAGAAGCGGAACUGGGAUGGAGUAUGGUAGGGCUGGACACGAAGCGGGUAGUAAAGAGCUGAAAUGGGAAGAAGCCAGCUGGAGUCUGGAGGGAUUUUGUGGGGAGUUGGUGAGCUGGAUGGUGAAGGAACGGGGAGGGGCAGGGAGUGGGUAUGGCAGCUACUGUGCUGAAGGAAGUGGGGGCAGUCCCUGCGAUGGAGGGCCUGGGGAAUGAGGCAGUCCUAGCGAUGGAGGGUCUGGGGAAUGAGGCAGUCCUAGCGAUGGAGGGAUUGGGGAACGAGGCAGUCCCAGCGACGGAGGGAUUGGGGAAUGAGGCAGUCCCAGCGACGGAGGGAUUGGGGAACGAGGCAGUCCCAGCGACGGAGGGAUUGGGGAAUGAGGCAGUCCUGAUGGUGGUGAACAGCCUCCCCCCGUCUCCUUCCCAAUCAUGAUGUUAAAGUGAAAAUAUGAAACAAAUAUUGUCUUUGUGGGAAAAUUAAAUCAAAAUAAAAAAUCAGAUUUAUUUUUAAA